UUGCAGUGUCGCAUCGAACGCCGACUGGUUCUGCGGUCCUGCACGAAAAAAUCCGCCAUAUUUCAUUCAGAUCGAUGUUGUGGGAGAAAAUGCGAAUAAGAUGAAGUAUUUGAGAGAUAACGGAUUCGGUUUCAUUGAUGAAAAGACAAACGAGUGCAGCCGUGCUGCCGUUCGUGAUGGAAUCUACCGUCUGGAACAUGCGCCAAAAACUAUCAUGAUCGAUCAAGUAUUUCCAGUCAAUUCCACGUUGACUUUACUACUUCGACUUGAAGACACAGCUAUUCGAUUGAUUCCGUUUGGUAUCCAGCGAUACCAACGAUUAAGAUUCAUACCAGCAUAUCGCGCUCGUUAUUCGAUCAAAUAUCCGUGA